AUGGGCGCCGCGGCCGCUGAGGCGCCGCUCGGGCUGCGGGCCGCGCCCCCGCUCGCCUUCUGCUGCUACACGUCGGCGCUGCUGCUCCUCGCCUUCUCCCUGCCCGCGAGCCGCGCGUCCAACCAGCCCCCCGGCGGCGGCGGCGGCGGCGGCGGCGGCGACUGUCCCGGGGGCAGAGGCAAGAGCAUCAACUGCUCAGAACUAAAUGUGAGGGAGUCUGAUGUCAGAGUGUGUGAUGAAUCGUCCUGUAAAUUUGGAGGCAUCUGUAAAGAAGACAGAGAUGGUUUGAAAUGUGCAUGCCAAUUUCAGUGCCAUACAAAUUACAUUCCCGUCUGUGGCUCAAAUGGAGACACUUAUCAAAAUGAAUGUUUUCUUCGGAGGGCUGCUUGUAAGCACCAGAAAGAGAUAACAGUAGUAGCCCGAGGUCCCUGCUACUCUGAUAAUGGCUCUGGGUCUGGAGAAGGAGAGGAGGAAGGAUCAGGGACAGAAACGCAUAAAAAGCAUUCCAAGUGUGGACCGUGCAAGUACAAAGCUGAGUGUGAUGAAGAUGCAGAAAAUGUUGGGUGUGUAUGUAAUAUAGAUUGCAGUGGAUACAGUUUUAAUCCUGUGUGUGCUUCUGAUGGGAGUUCCUAUAACAAUCCCUGCUUUGUUCGAGAAGCAUCUUGUAUAAAGCAAGAACAAAUUGAUAUAAGGCAUCUUGGCCAUUGUACAGAUACAGAUGAUACAAGUUUGUUGGGAAAGAAAGAUGAUGGACUACAGUAUCGACCAGAUGUGAAAGAUGCUAGUGAUCAAAGAGAAGAUGUUUAUAUUGGAAACCACAUGCCUUGCCCUGAAAACCUCAAUGGUUACUGCAUCCAUGGGAAAUGUGAAUUCAUCUAUUCUACUCAGAAGGCUUCUUGUAGAUGUGAAUCUGGCUACACUGGACAGCACUGUGAAAAGACGGACUUUAGUAUUCUCUAUGUGGUGCCCAGUAGGCAGAAGCUCACUCAUGUUCUUAUUGCAGCCAUUAUUGGAGCUGUACAGAUCGCCAUUAUAGUAGCCAUUGUCAUGUGUAUAACAAGAAAAUGCCCCAAAAAUACUAGAGGACGCCGACAGAAGCAAAACCUAGGUCAUUUUACUUCAGAUACUUCAUCCAGGAUGGUUUAACCGAUGACUUUUAUAUGCACACUGACCAUGUGAUGUACAUUUAUUAUGUCUUUUUUUAAAGAAUGGAAAUAUUUAUUUCAGAGGCCUUAUUUUUGGACAUUUUUAGUGUAGUACUGUUGGUUCGUAUUUAGAAUAUUUAGCUACAACAGUUUUGGACUGUUCAGUAGUCUUUGUUUUAUGUUUCUAAAUACAAAAAUUGAUUCCAUGAAUUUGUACCACAUGGUGAUACUAAGACUUGUUCUUUACCCGUGGAAUGUAAUAUUUUUGCAAAGACAGACCCACUUCACAAAUGGUUACAAAGUCAUACUUCUUCCAUGGGACCACAGCAAUUGACAAAGCAUGAACUAAAGAUGUUUACAGAUUACUUUUGUUACAAAAUAAUCUAGAAAACACUGUGUUAAAUAGAUAUUUAAAUGUUUUUGAAAUUUAGUACCUGAAUUUCUAGACACUGCCUACCGCAUGAACUGUAAAGCUGUGUGUGUUAGAUGUAAAAUAUUUAUAACCUGUAUGGACUGGAAUUUGAUUAUUCUGCUCUUUAAAAAUAAUUCUAAUAAUUUGAAAAAUUACCUGGCAGUAAUGGCAGAACAGAUCACUGAAAAGUAGAUUUAGAUAUUGUAAAAAUAGGCUAUUUAACAAAUGGAUUGGAAUAGAGCCUACACUAUCGGUUAAACUACUUUACUACACAUUCAUUUUCAAAUACAAUAUUUGUUUUAAUAUAAAUAUACAAAUUGUACCAGUGUUUGUGAAUACAAUGCAAAAAUAAUUGUUAACGAUUGGAGCUCUUAGAGUGAGCUUAAAAAUGACCUAAGACCUCUAUCCAAAUUUGUCCUGUAGUGAUAGCUGUAUUAAUAGAGUGUUGGUGUUUAAAGGUCCAAAGUGUGAGUAGAAUGUAUCAAGCUGUUUAAUGUGUAGUUUAGAUACUCAAAAGUAUGCAUGUAGAAUUUAAAUCUAAAUUUAAAUAUUAAUUUUAAUAAUGUGGCUUGGAAGAGCAUGUUAAUAAUACAAGGUUUUCACUACA